AUGACGUUGAUUAAAGGAGGUCGUCUCCUCCACCAAUUUGUUGUGGACGUUUAUACAGCAAUUGAAGAAGAUCGACUGAGGUGGGCGAGGAAUAAUCAAGAUAUUUUGAGAGCCGAGCUCUACAGUAAUGUCCUUGAUGCUGUAAGCAAAGGUGACACUGAUGCUAAAAUUAUUGGUCAGAGAUUUAUACUGCCGCCAAGUUUCACCGGCGGGCCCCGAUACUUAGUGGAGAAAUACCAUGAUGCGAUGGCUAUUUGCAGGGAAUUUGGCAAUCUAGAUUUGUUUAUCACAAUGACUGUCAAUCCUAACUGGAGCGAGAUUAAAGAGCACCUUGGGAGAUAUGGUGGUGAUUCUCCGAAUGAUAGACCAGACAUUGAAUGUCGGUUGGGAAACUCUUCCAGAACACCGAGUGCAGAAGAAGUGGAUGAAAUAAUUUCAGCCGAGCUCCCAGACAAAGAGAAAGACCCAGCUGCUUACGAUUUAGUCACAAAACACAUGAUCCAUGGUCCAUGUGGGCUCAUUAAUCCGAAGUCACCGUGUAUGAAAAAUAAUGUGUCCACGAAAAAGUAUCCUCGGCCGUAUAAUGACAACACUUCGAUUGACAAAUCCGGGUAUGUAUUAUAUCGUCGGCGCCGAAACGACGAUGCGUCUACAGUAAAAGCUGGGGCAGUACUAGACAACACAUUUGUCGUACCUCAUAACAUUAAGCUUCUGAAGAAGUACGAAGCUCAUAUUAAUGUUGAAUGGUGUAAUCGUACAAGCGCAAUAAAAUACUUAUUCAAGUACAUAACCAAGGGCGUUGACCGAGCAACAGAUGUUAUUGAGAAAGGAAAUACAACAACUACAUCUGACACCAUGUGUUCUGGCGAAUCAAAAGAGAAAGUCACCAGGCAACGCAAUGAGAUCCAAGACUACGUCGAAGCCCGAUAUUUAUCAGCUUUUGAGAAGCUUAUCAUUCACUUAGAAGGCGAACAUAAUAUCACUGUUAAAUCAACGGAUAACCUCGGUCGUGUAAUCCGCAAACCAGGUAUCGAGAAGACAAUGUUCACUGAAUGGAUGGUUUUAUGCAGAAGGUUAGAGUUUGCCCGGACAUUAACAUAUGUGCAAAUUCCUGAAUAUUUUGUAUGGAACAACAAUGCUAACGUGUGGACUGAACUUAAGAAAGGAAAAACCAUUGGGCGAGUCGUAGCUAUCCAUCCAUCAGCUGGUGAUCGAUACUAUCUGAGAAUCCUCAUUAAUAAGAUUAAGGGUCCUAGAAGUUAUGACGAGCUAAAAACAUACAACGACGUGAAAUACCCUGACUUCAAAUCAAUUUGUCAUGCACGAGGCUAUUUGGACAAUGAUGUUGAAUGGCUCGAGAGUAUGUCCGAGGGUGCUCGAACAACCACCCCAUACCAGCUCCACGAUAUGUUUGUCAGAUUCCUAAACAACUGCUUUGUUGCAAGCCCUAAAGGACUAUGGGAACACUCAUGGAAAUCAAUGAGCGAGGACAUACUUCACAAGAGACAAAGGAUCUUUGGUCACGCAAAUCUGGAACUGGAUGAUGAGACCCUCGAGCAAUACACGUUAAUAGAAGUAGAAAAGUUGAUGCGCAUGCAUGGCCGCUCUUUAAAUGAUAUUAAAGAGAUGCCAAAGAUCAACCCUAUUUUGCUAAAAGAAUUGGGGAACAGUUUGUGGAACCAAGAAAUGGAUUAUGAUGUUGCCGAGAAAACACUGAGACAUGACAGGCAGUACAACUUACUUAAUGCCGAACAGCGUGCGAUCUACGAAUCAGUCUUAGACUCUGUUGAUAAAAAGAUGGAAAAAUUUUCUUCGUAG